UAGAGGCUGGUCACGUGACCAGAACGUCCAUCCAAUCCGGUGGCAGAAGCACAGGGCUCGUAAUUUUGAACAGAUGGGGAGCUGCCAGGCUGUGGAGAGUUUCUCCGUAACUAAACUAAAGGUUGUAGCGAGAAAUGCGUAAAUAUUUCUUCGAGUGAUGGAUAGUAUCCGUCGCUACAGCGAAUGAAGGAAACCCUUAGCGCUGCCCUUCUGUGAUAAAUAUGAGUUCUCAUGUUAUCAGCCCUGGACCGUACCGAGCCACGAAAUUGUGGAAUGAGGUGACACGUUUGUUUCGGGCUGGCAUGCCCCUCAGGAAACAUCGCCAGAACUUCAGGCACUAUGCUUCCUGUUUCACUGCUUCUGCUGCUGUUGAUUGGCUGCACCAGCUGCUCUGUAACAACAGCAACUUUGGCCCCGACGUUACCAGGCAACAGACAGUUCAGCUUCUAAAGAAGUUUCUGAAGAACCAUGUGAUUGAAGAUGUAAAGGGACGCUGGGGAACAGAGGACCUGGAGGACAACAAUGUGCUGUACAGGUUUCCUUCCACUUCUCCUCUGAAACCCAUCCCCUGUUCAGCUCCAGCCUCAGAGUCCAGAUCCAUAAAAAAGAGACCUUCAUUCAAGGACAAAGAAGGUUUCUUCAGGUUUAGAAGCACAAGAAGGCAGGAGAAAGAAACCCAGGAAAAUGUGGAUCCUGCACUCCGAAUACAGCAGGAAGGCGACAAUCAGCCAGAAGAAGAGCAGCAGAAACAGAGACGAGAGCUGACAGUGGAGGAUGAACAGGAGAUCUGGAGAGACAUCACGCUGACCCAUCUUCAGAGGAUUCUGGAUGUUCCAUCUCUUGACGAGGUUUUAGACCAUCGUUAUGUGAAUCCACAGAACAUCAUCCACAAUAUGACCAAAGUCAACAAACACGGAGUGGUCACACUGGACGACAAGACCAAUGACCUUCCAGACUGGGUUCUGUCUGCCAUGAGGAGCCUGGCCAAUUGGCCAAAGUACAACGGCACACAACAAUCCUAUCCUGGCUUUGAAAGAGAUGUCUUCAAAACAGUGUCUGAUUACUUCUACAGCCUCCCACAGCCACUGCUCACAUAUGAACUGUAUGAGCUGUUUAUCAAUGUUCUAGUGUUCUGCGGCUACGUUGCAGCGCCUUCUAUGCACCAGCAUUUGAAGCGCAAGAAAUCAGACCUUCCUGCAGUCCCCCCUCCAGCCAAGUCGUCUUUUCGCUCCACGGAGUGUCUCCUCCUGUCGCUGCUCAGACAGGGGACAUGCGACGAGACAGAAUCCCCCAUGAGGGAGGUAAUUGGUGGGAAACUUCAGUCCCGGCUGGCAGCACUGAAAGGAGGCGGCGGUGCCGAUGACGGCCCAUUAGGAGGCAGCUGCAUCAGCCUCAGUACAGUUGUUCCCACAAGACCUCAAACAAGGAGUUGCUCCCUGGAAACCAUCCUGGAUGACUCUGCCCCUCUUACUAGACAACAGCUGUUUCAGUCCAGUGACAGCCUGGCAUCCUUUGCCUAUAGCAGCAGGAGCCAGGACGACAGCUCUUCAAUCACAACACCUCACAUUCGUUCAUUCGGGACAUCUGUGUCCAAACCAGCACCCAUUACUUCUGAAAACGCUCCAGGAGUUACAGCCAGAAACAGGCUGUCUGUCAUACCCUUGGCUGGACUGUCAGCUUCACACAGGUCUCGUUCCUUACGGCCUCACAGCUUCAGCAGCUGCCUGGACAUCGUCAUAGAGACCAGGGAGGAAGAUGUCAAAGAGCUUAAGUGGCAGGGUCGAGCAGCAAGCUGCCUCAGUGUAAACUCUCCUUCCAGUCAGUGUCAGGCUUCCUCAGCUUCACAUCCUCCAUCACUAUCUUCCUGUCAUCCCUUCUCUUCCUCCUUUUGUCCUUUCCCUUCUUCUUUCUCAUCUGCUGCAACCAAAGCACAAGGGUCUAAUGCUGCUACAGGACCCAGACCGGCCUCCAGCACCUCUAACCUUUGGACGCUUCCUGCACCUGCUGCUGUUCGCCGCUGCCUCAGCUCUCUGGAAGUGUCCCACCUGUCACAACCUGUUUCACUGCUCAAAGCGCCUGUGUCUGUGUCCGCCGGCAACUCCCAACCCCCCAAAAACCAAAAUGAGCACAGCGUUCUCCAGCCUCAGUGUGAACGUGUAGCCAUCGAGGCCCUGCAGCUCUGCACCCUCCUCCUUCCACCCGCCUCCCGCAGGAAGUUGCAGCUGCUCAUGAGGAUGGCGUCACGCAUCAGCCAGAAUGUAGACAUGCCUCGCCUCCACCCUGCUAUCGGCACCCGGACAUUGAUGGUUCACACAUUUUCAGGCUGUGUCCUGGGCAGUGCUGAAGAGUGUGAUUUGGAUGAGCUGUUAGCAACCAGGCUGGUGUCAUUUUUAAUGGAUCAUCAGCAAAGCAUCCUCUCAGUCCCAGAGUACCUGCUUGGUGCCAUCAGUGACCAUAUACAGUACCUACGAACAUCACAGGUCCCAAUUGACUCUGUUUCAAAGACUGACAAAAGCGAUCCGGUUUGCCCUCCAUUGCCGGUCUACACGUUCUGCCAUCAGAUCAGUGGCGCUGAGUUUGAACAGCAAAAACUGGAGUCUUCUCAGAAGGCCAUGGAGGAGCUGCUAGAGAUCCUGGUGACAGAUCAAAACAUCAGUGAGAAGGACAGACGCAAGAAACUGAAACGGUUUCAGAAGCAGUACCCAGACAUCUACAGGCAACGAUUCCCCUCCCCAGACCGAGAGAGCAAGACUGACAACAAACCAAAGAUUAAACCUCCACUCCUCAACAUCAAGAAGACCAAAGCUUUCAGCAUCAGGAACUGAACGACUGCAGGAGGCGCGCUCUCGCCGCUUACGUCGUGAUCGCUGCACUGAUAUCACACUCCUGGCAGGACAAUUGAGAAGUCGUUUUUCCCAUGGCAGCCAAAAGCAGUGUGUUACAUUGGAAAUGCUGUUUUUACUGUUGUGUUUAUUGUAAGUAAAUGUAGACUGGAUGAUUUUAACAGGAGUUGAUUUGUGUAUUCAUGUGUUGUGUAUAUUUGUAUUGAGUUUUGUGUGCUGACUUAGAUGAAGGCUUGUGACCGUAGCUCUACAGAGUCGCUCAUACCAUUUACAUGUUUUAUGAAGAAAGGUACUUUACCUGUUGUCCCCUCACUUUUCUUUUCUAUUUGUGUCUGAUACUGGCCCGUGUGUGUUCGUGUGUGUUCAAGUAAGAAGCAAGCUCCAAAAGGCAAUUGGGAGAAAAAUAUGCAAUUCUAAGAUCACUGGUCAAUAUGGGAGCAAUUAGAUUUCUUAAUUUAUAUGAAUGUCGACAGCAGGGGGGAGUGCUAGUUGUUGUUUGUUUUUUGUUAUGUUGAUGUCUUUUUGAAGUUUCAAUAUUUUCUAUCAUAGAUGCUUAAGUUUUAUUUGAAACUAUUUGUCAGGCCUGAUGUUGAGCAUUUUCUCUUUCUUUGCCCUCAUCUUAUUUUUCCCUCUGUCGAGUAUGGAGUUUUUAAAACUCUUUUUGAAAUCUUAGUUUUAUUUCUUGGUGAUCUUUUUUCAGGAUGCCAGCUUUUUCAUAUCUAGCUCAGUUAUUUAAAUCGCGUUAAUCUUUCCAGUUUCUUUUUACUUCUUGAGCUUGUGUGUCUCAUCCCUGCUUUGUUUAGUGGAUUGUUUGCACUUGGAGCUAGGCCAGCAUGCUUAUGUCAAUCACCAGUGUGGUCAUUUAUACAUAUUUAAGGCUUAUUAGACUUCCCAAACCAAGUUUUUCCAUCAGACACCUGAUAUGUCUUGGUAUGGGUAGUGCCUUGUGAGAGCUUGACCUGAAUGCGCAUCCAUUCAUUUCAGUGCUGCAUGCUGACAGGUAUUUGGUAAACUGAGGGGAAUUACACAACUCAUGUCAAGUGUCUGAAGAAAUCUUAAUAUUCAAAUGGUGUCAAACGCUCUUUUAUUUAUCUUAAGCUACAUGAAGUAUUACUUCUACCCUGGUAUGUUUGUGUUUACCUCAGAUCAGAUGGUGCAUGCAUGUUUAACCGCACACGCAUUCAUCAUCGGUGUUCUGUGUUUUGUACCUACAACUGUUCCUCUACAUUGUUUACUAUGCAAAGUCCUGGGAAAUAAAUUGUUUUUAGCUGUUCAGUG